CUCGGUUGCGGGCUGAUAGGAGACGACGAUUUUUAGACACACUGCUUUCGUUUAUCACUAUUACGAUCCUUUUUAUUCUAUUCUCUAUGGCAGGUGCGUUUCCUUCUCGUAGCUGCUAUAACUGUGGCUCGCCUCAUCACUUUUUCCGGGAAUGUCCGCAGUGAGCCGGUGGUCAACGACCUCCGGCGACCGGUGCCAACGCUGUCCCUACCGGGCAGCCUUUGCUAGCGCUUCCUGCACGUGCGGCGAAUGGAGAUGCGGCACCUGCGCGGCUCAGCAAACUGCGGGCAAUACGGGAGGCAGAUACCAGAACAACGGUUACCAGUAUGGGGGGCCGCCACGUAAUAAUUUUUGGAGAUCUAAUCAAGAGCGGUUGGACAAGAAGUACAAUAAGUACUUGCUGAACAUGGAGAGGGAGUCCAAGCUUAAGGAGGAGGAAGAGAGAGCUAGGAAGAACAAGGAGGAAGAAGAGAAGAAGGAGGAAUGGAGGAAAGAACGAGAAAAGUUGGAAUCAGAAAUGGCUGCGAGGAUCGAUAUGCGAAUGGAUGAGGUGUGCAAGUCGGUCAAGGUCAAAUGCCCAGCUGAGGGAGAGUGCAGCGCGAAGUGUGAGGACGAGGUUGCCCGACUCAAGCGGGAAAACGAAGAGCCCAAGCAGGCUCUGCGGGGUGAUACAGAUGAUGGGAAGGAGAGUAAGAGAUACGAGAUUGUGGCACUCAAGCAUGAGAUCCAGCAACUGCGUGAAUCGGCGGUUAAGGAGCAGGAGUUAGCCGGGCUUAAGAGGCAGUUAGAAGAUCUGCGAAUUGAAGCGCGACAGUGGAAAGAUGAGGCGCUGAGGCCAGGAAACAAACGAGGCAGCAUCGCUUUGUCUACCCCGGAUGCUAAUGCGCGGGCGUCACCUAUGCCACGUCGCACUUGUGAAAAGGAGCAGGAGCAAGAUUGGAGAUCAGAAUAUAGAAAGCUGCAAAGUUUGCGCCGAGCAGAUUUUGUCGAAGUGGAGGCGCUUAAGAAAAAGAAGGCGCAGGCUGAGAUGGAGGUUAUCAACUUGCAGAAGCAGAUGAACGAACGGAACGCUAAUGAGGUUGGAAAGGAGAUGACGCCAGGAGGAACCAAUCUGAAGGAGAGAUUGGAGGCUGUUGCACUUGGGACGGCCCAGAAAGGUAGGAAGGCCACUCCGAAUCGAGAGGGGCUGAGGCCUACACCGCGCCGUGAGGAAAAGCCCAACUCGAAGCAGGGAUGUAAUGAUCGCACUACUUUUGUUGAAGAGCAAACCAAGUUUUUGAAGAUGCUGAGGAAGUCUGCGUUGGAACAAAUCUGCAAGGAGGCGGGGCUGAAGGCUGAGAAAGUGGAUGAAAUGAUUGAGGAUAUUGUGCAAUUUCGGGUUAAGAAUGCAUUUGGAAAGAAAGACGACAAGGAGCCGGUGGAGGUUGUAGACGUUGAAUCGUCGCGUGACGAAUCCACAAGCGGUGGUGACGAAGUCUCCGCUGAGCUCUAGUGAAUCUCCCGAACGCGGCUACCUUGUGGUCAUUGGCCUUGCUU